AUGGUCACGUUGGAGGCGACAAACAGUUCAAUGUGUGUGUCGAUGACUUUCUCUGUGAGUUCCAGCGCAUGCUAUGUUUAUCCCUCUUAUAUGAUCGCUUGUGCCGUCGGGAUCAACAUAGUUCUUGGUUUUCCGGCGAACUGCUACAUUCUGUGGCUCAGUGCGAAGGAGAUGAUCCGAGGACAAUCCACCGAAAUCUUCGUCGUCAACGAAGCACUCACUGAGGUCAUCUUCUGCUCCUCCUAUGCGUCCAUGAUACGGCAGUAUUUCUUCAAUUGUACUGACUGUAGGUUUGGGGUUUACUUUCCUGGCAUAAUGCUGUUGGUGGGUCGUCCUCUGUUUCAGAGUUGCAUCUGUCUUGAACGUUACUUAGGAGUUCUUCAUCCUGUGAUGUUCCUCAAACUCAAACCCAUGAAAUACAGGAUUGCCUGUUCGGCUGUCGGGUGGAUCGUCAUCAUAAGCUCCAGCUUAAUAGUUACAAUGCGUGUCGUUGAAUUUCAUGUGUUCAUGUUGCCAAUUCUCCUAUUUUUUCUCUCUGUUAAACUGUACAGUUGCUCAAUGGUCCUCAAGGCUCUACUGCGUCCUGGGCCAAGUGACAAUGGCAAGCAGAAAGAUGGAAUAAACCGGGAUAAAAUCAGGGCUUUCUGGAUCAUUCUGACAGUGUUGGUGUCUUCAGUUAUUAUGUAUGGGCCUUUGAUUGUCUCUCUGAUUCUUAUUCAUAUCAUAGAGUUAGAGAAGUAUCUUUUGGCCUGGUCCAUUUCCUUGUCUAUUGGCAUCAUGUCAGGGUUUGUGCAGCCGGUCCUCUAUCUCAAACGUGUCAGCAAAUUGCCAUUUUGUUAG